CCGGUAGGGUUCGGUUCUCAGGGAACCAAACCCGCUCAUCUCUAACCAAAAUGUCUAGUUACGGCUCUGACAGUCUGAGUGAUGUUCUGACAAUGACACCAGGAUGUCCCCUACACAGGUGAUGGAGCUACUGUGCUGCUCUGGCUGUGCAGGCAGAGAGCAGUAGCACAAGACUCAGCUGUUUGUUUCUCAUCAUGUUUCAGGACAGAACGCGGUGGCUGAAUCAGGGCUGCAUUCCCUUCCUUUCUGUCUCUCUUACUGCUGCAAUGUGAGCAGACAGAAUGGGGCAGGUCGCUUGGAAAGGCUUGUUCCUGUCACUCUUUGACUAUAAGACUGAAAAAUAUGUCAUUGCCAAGAACAAAAAGGUGGGGAUUUUAUUCCGUGUUAUUCAGCUGUCCAUUCUGGCUUAUCUAGUGGGGUGGGUGUUCGUGGUUAAAAAAGGUUACCAAGACACAGACACAUCCAUACAAAGUUCUGUCAUUACAAAGUUAAAAGGAGUAGCCUAUACUAACACCAGCGAGCUUGGGCCGAGAUUGUGGGACGUGGUGGAUUAUGUCAUACCACCUCAGGGUGAAAAUGUUUUUUUUUUAGUAACAAACCUGAUCGUCACUCCAAAUCAGAGACAGGAUAAAUGCCGCGAGAGUUUUGGAAUCCCUGAUGCAGUGUGUUUAAAGAACAGUGACUGUCCGGAGGGUGAACCAGUCAUUGCCGGCAAUGGGGUGAAGACUGGACGCUGCUUGAAGACAGGUGCUAUAAACACAACAGGAACGUGUGAAAUAUUUGCAUGGUGUCCACUGGAGAAGAAGCAGAAGCCAGAGGUACCAUUGCUUGGAAAAGCCGAGAACUUUACAGUCUACAUUAAAAACUCCAUAAGGUUUCCAAAGUUUGCAUUUUCAAAAACUAACAUUCUGAACACAAAAGAUGAUUCAUUCCUGAAGACGUGUCGCUACGGCAAAGAAAAUCAUUACUGUCCAAUCUUUCACCUGGGGAAAAUUGUCUCAUGGACUGGAAAUGAGUUUCAGGACAUGGCAAUGGAGGGUGGAGUCAUUGGCAUUCAGAUAGAGUGGGACUGUAACCUGGAUAAAGACGCUUCUGAAUGUCAUCCUCAAUAUUCAUUCACUCGCUUGGAUAACAAAUUCACUGAGAAAUCUGUCUCCUCUGGAUACAAUUUCAGGUAUGCUAAGUAUUACCGUGACAUUAAUGGAACAGAUUAUAGGACGCUGAUAAAAGCUUAUGGUAUUCGUUUUGACAUCAUGGUGAAUGGAAAGGCUGGGAAAUUCAAUAUCAUUCCGACAAUUAUCAACAUUGGCUCUGGCCUGGCUCUGAUGGGCGCGGGAGCUUUCUUCUGUGACAUGGUCUUAUUGUAUUUUAUCAAAAGGAGCAACUUUUACAGAGACAAGAAAUUUGAAGAAGUAAAGUCAUUCAAGAAAACAAUGCACGUUAAUGGACAAACGAAAUCCAAAAGCCAUGAUGCAAUAGACCAGCUGAAACAGCUACAGAUUGUAGAGACAUAAUUUAUGAUGCAAGAAAUUAACUUUUAUUACAGAGAAAGGACUGGAUACUUUUAAGGCUGGACCAUGAACUGUUUGUACCAUUCACUGCUUCUUGUUGUGCUGCUAAGAGCUGGAUAUAUGAAGAACUGCCGUCUUCGAUACUGCAGCAUUAACCUAUUUAGUCACUGGGUUGUUACAUUACUGUUUAUACAAGACAACUAGCUUGCAGCACCCUCCAGGCUCCAUGAUAUGUUGUUUAAUAACGUAUUGUGCUGUUAUUAUUCCCUGGAGAGCAAACGCUACAGAGACUCAUCAAGGGAUAGCUACUUCUUACAGAUGCUGCUUUGUUUGCGGCUAGAGGGCAGUGUUGUUUUAUUUGCUUCCUACUUCUCUCCCACCUUUUUUUUUUUUUCUUGGUCAAUAAUUAUCUUCUUAAAGCAUGGUUUGGACCCUGGUUGUCAUAACUAUUGCGCAGCCCGGUAACAAGUCCAAUAAAAGGGUAAAUAUUAUUAAAGGAAGACAAAAUGACUCUUGCUUCAAAGAUAUAAUACAAACUAUGAUGUUUUGUAACAUAUGCCCACGAGGCUAGGCUAGUCAUUGAGGCAGAUCAGGGCAUAGUAUAUCAAUUAUUGGGGGCUAUUCAAUUGUUUGAGAGAUUGUUUUUACUAAUGGGUGUCUAUCGGAGCUAUUCAAAUGUUGCUCCGAUUAGACGCCCAUUAGCCACGGCAGUCACAUUUUUAGCUCGCACCCUAGGAGGCUACAAGCUGAAAUGUGUGAAAAGUCGGCUGUUUGGGCGACCAAACUGGACUUUUCACCACGGCGCCGCUUAGUUUAGACUGGUUUUGCUGCUUUACAUGGCUAUACCCUGUCUAACUGGGCGUGAUAUUUAAAGGGUCUCAAGAAGAAUUGAAUAGCAACAAUGGGCACCCUUUAAAUAUCACUAAAGAACAGACAUUUGAGUAGGCACUUAGGGGUAAAUUUACUAAGAUGGGAGUUCUAUUUAAGAUGGGAUGUUGCCCAUAGCAACCAAUCAGAUUCCAGGUAUGAUCUUCUAGAAGGUGCCAGGUAAAUGAGAAGGAGAAUCUGAUUGGUUGCUAUGGGCAACAUCCCAUCUUAGAUAGAACUGCCAUCUUAGUAAAUUUAUCCCUUAGUGUGACCAGAGCUAAACCAAAGUGGUGACAGUGCGCACACUACAUUUAAUCAAACUGGAAAUGGUGAUGACACUGAAGUGACCUGGCUGUUAUACAUGAUCCCUCGGUAGUGAGAAACCUGGACUAUCAUUAAGAAACUGAAGCUGAACUAGGUCAAAAAGUAAAUAAUUAAUAUUGAAAUACCUGACACAUAAAUAAAACACAUGCCCUUUGUCCACUUAGUGCAUUGAGUAAUUAACAAGUGUCAAAGGAAGAUAGGUGAGUAGGGCAAUAUAUUCACCUAUGUUAUAUAACAUUUUUAUUAUGGUAUAUUAUAUUUUGCCAUUAAUAAAAUACACAUGUGUGGAAUGUGUUUGGGGCUUCCUAGCCUAUGUUCAGCAAUAUGAAAUGCCUCUUCCUCAUGUUCUGAAGCAUUCUUCUCUUUAGGCUUUACACUUCAUGUUUCAGUGCUCGCGGUUCGCUAAGCUUAAGCGCAGUUCUGCUAUUUUUCGAGCACGGCUCAGCCCAGAAACUGAAUAUUACUAAUUGUCCUAUUUACACGUAAACAUAGAACUUUGUAACUGACCUAUAUGGAGGGACCGAGAAGUACAGGUUGAGUAUCCCUUAUCCAAAAUGCUUGGGACCAGAAGUAUUUUGGAUAUCGGAUUUUUCCGUAUUUUGGAAUAAUUGCAUACCAUAUGAGAUAUCAUGGUGAUGGGACCUAAGCCUAAGCACAGAAUGCAUUUAUGUUUCAUAUACUCCUUAUA